AUGGCAACAAAGAGCUCCAUGUUUAUUGUAUCCAACUCUUCUAGAUCAGGUAUACCAGAGAGGUGCGGAUCUGCAGAGGGCAUAUAUUCAGAGAACUCCAGAUCCAGGAUCCCUUUAGGUCGAUUUAAAUCCAUCAAGAGGCAGCUUCGAGAAAAGGGAGAACUGGAGGAAUUUUGGAAAAAUCAUCAGCCUGACAUUUUUGCUCGGAGAUAUCUGCAUUGUUUCCCUUCAGAUAUUUUUCUGCAAGCUGGAUCUGCUUCAGAAAGGCUAUAUGAUUACAUGAAUGCCCAGUACUACGGGGUGAUAAGUGUUGGCACCCCACCUCAGAAAUUCACAGUGGUGUUCGACACAGGAUCAUCCAAUUUUUGGGUCCCUUCAGCUUAUUGCAUCAGUGAAGCCUGCAAGAUGCAUGAAAAAUUCAAAUCAUUUCUAUCAAACUCCUAUCAGCAUGGAGGGCAGGCCUUUGCUCUACAGUAUGGUACUGGACAGCUUCUAGGCAUUGCUGGCAAAGACACAUUACGGAUCAGCAACAUUUCCAUCGAGGGGCAGGACUUUGGAGAGUCUAUCUUUGAGCCCGGCAUGACUUUUGCUCUUGCACACUUUGAUGGCGUGCUGGGUUUGGGAUACCCUUCUUUAGCAGUUGGCAGUGCUCUUCCAGUAUUUGACAGCAUAAUCAACCAACAUCUGGUGGAGGAGCCAGUGUUUUCCUUCCACUUGAACAGAGGAGAAGACAUUGAAAAUGGUGGUGAAUUGAUACUGGGGGGUAUAGACCAUUCCCUUUACAAAGGUUCAAUUCACUGGGUUCCAGUUACUGAGAAAAGCUACUGGCAAAUUCAUGUUAACAACAUAAAAAUCCAGGGACGGGUUGCGCUUUGCUUCCAUGGUUGUGAAGCCAUUGUUGAUUCAGGCACUUCUCUUAUUACCGGCCCCUCUUUACAAAUAAGACAACUACAGGAGCAUAUCGGGGCCAGUCCAACACAAACUGGAGAGUUUGUUGUAGACUGCAGGAGACUGUCAAGCCUGCCACAUGUAAGUUUCACCAUUGGACAUAGAGAAUACACGUUAACCGCAAAAGACUAUAUAAUAAAGGAAACCAUAGAAGAAAAAACCGUGUGCAUCAGUGGCUUUCAGUCUCUGGAUAUUGCCACUCAUACUGGCCAGCUAUGGAUUUUAGGAGAUGUAUUCAUGUCAGCGUUUUACUGUAUUUUUGACCGUGGAAAUGAUAGAGUGGGAUUUGCAAAAGCCUCUCAUAGAAGGGAGCAUUCCUGAGGCCCCAAUGGCAUCAGUUCUGCCUUAAACACUUGUUAUUACAGGGAUAUGAGAUGAGCCUGAACUAAAACCCUGGAUCUGAAUAUUGCUCCCAAAAAAUUUCACAAGGGUUUAGGAUGGGUUUGAAAUUGAAUUCUGAAUGCAAAGUUUGUAGCUAGGUUCCAUUUCUAUACAUUUGCAACAGACACAUUUAUUUCUAAAUCAGCGAUUGAGAGACCAAAAGCCCUAGGAAGGACUGUGUCAAAAAACCUAGUAAAUGCCUGUACAACAACUUGCCUGUAGGACUUGCAUUGGGGUGGGAGGGCAAAUGUGCUUGGGAGAAGACUGCUGAAUAAUGCAAAGAUGAUUGUGUAUCAAUUGCAGUUGUGGGAACCUAAUCUGGCUAGUGUUGGGUAGUUCUCUUCCCUUGCUUGUCAGUUUCAACCUUCUAUUUCCUGACUAAAUAUUUUCUUUUUAUCAUUUAAUUGUUGCUUUUAUUUUUCUCAUUAUUUGCUAGGGUGUGUUCUACCCUUUCUCCCUCUGUCCUUUAUAGACGCUCUUUAUGUGCAGCAAGCUUCAAUCCCGACUCUUUUUACUGCCAUCAUUAAAUGUAAUUUCCUGCUUCUUACUUAUUCUCUAUUACUUGUCUUUUUCCUCAGGCACAUGCUCUUUUUCUACACUUUCUUGCUGGAACUAGGGGUGCAGCGCCCCCUGGCUUGAAGUGGUUUCCGUCACAUACAGGGUUUACAGUUUGGUUCAAUGGCUCUCAGCACCCCCACUAUACAAAUUGUUCCAGCAUCACUGUCAGUCAGAUGCUGUCUUUAGUGCCUGACAUCUCCACACUUUGAUGGAUUGAAACAGCUGGGAUUGGCAUCCACUUGCAUGGCAAGAAAUUGGACAGUGAAGCUUGUAUUGCACAAUCUCUGUAAAGAGAGAGACUGUUAUGUGGGAAUGACACUGUAACAUCACCUUGUUCCAUGGAAGAUACAAAAAUAGGACCCCAGUUUAGACCUGUGCUGUUUCUCAUUUUGAGGGACAUCAUUAACAGCAGUUUUGACUGAGAUGCAAAAUAGUUCUGAACCACGGGGAGCCAAGCUGUCCUUUGUUGUGUAAUUGAUUGAACAAUAAUGAA